CUUUGAACAACGCAGCAGCGACCAUUCUGGCUCGCAGGUGUUUUGUCCAGUCAAGAUGCAGCUCACCGACGAUGACUUCGUCCUCGUGGCGCUCAGUGAUGCCCAGGACCAAGGCCAGCCAGCAUCUUUGCAGUCUGAUUAUCUCGCCGAGGUCACUCGGGCCGUUGAGGAGGCUGCAGAGGGGUUGUGGACGGUCAACAAGGCCAUCCACGACAACCCGGAGCUUGGCUACCACGAGUUCAAGGCGCACAGAGUCCUCACAGACUACAUGCAACAGCAGGGAGGAUGGACAGUUACUCGCUCAGCAUAUGGCUUAGCCACGGCGUGGACAGCUGUCUAUGACAGUGGGCGUCCAGGGCCUGCCGUAUCCUUCAACGCUGAAUACGACGCCCUCGAGGGUAUCGGCAAUGCCUGUGGGCACAACUUGAUUGCCACCGCGUCUCUUGCUGGCGGGCUGGCGACAGCAGAAGUCAUGAAGCGCCACGACCUUAGCGGCAAAGUCGUCAUCUUCGGGACGCCAGCGGAAGAAGGUGGCGGCGGUAAGAUCAAGCUCCUGGAGGCUGGGGCGUAUCGGGACCAAAAGGUCGACAUCAACCUCAUCUCGCAUCCCGGGAUUGUCGUGGACAGCGCCAUAAUGCGCACCGCGGCGUAUACGGCAUUCCGCGUCGAGUACUUCGGACGCGAGGCGCAUGCUGCCGCCAGCCCAUGGCUUGGGAUCAAUGCGCUUGACGCGCUCAUCACAGCCUAUUCGGCGCUGUCGGUGCUCCGGCAACAGACGAUGCCCGGCGAUGUCAUUCAGGGCAACAUUACGCACGGGGGAGUGCGACCAAACAUCAUACAUGCCUAUGCUGCGGGCGACUUUGUUGUGCGCGCCGACACCCGGGCGAGGUUGGAAGAGCUGAAGAGAAAGGUUGAUGCCUGUUUCGAGGCUGGGGCCCUGGCUGCGGGUGCGAGGCUCAAGAUGACGACGAGUAUGAGCUAUGCAGACCACGUACCGAAUCGCGUGCUGGCUCAUUCGUACCGGCGCCACUUCAACUCGCUAGAGCCGCCGGUGCAAAUACCCGACGACGACGAGGUCGACGACAUGCGGGGCAAGACGAACGCAAGCAGUGACCAGGGCGACAUCAGCUACGCGAUGCCCAGUCUCAAUGCGGGCUUCUCGAUCCCCGCUGGACCUGAGGGCAAUGGCCCCCACAGCCCAGACUUUGCGGACGCAGCGGGCACGCGGGUAGCCUUCGAGAGAGCGCUGAGGACCGGCAAGGCACUGGCAGGAACUGCCCUGGACGUGCUGGUCACCAAGGGACUCCUCGAAGAGGUGAAGAAGGCAUGGGCAGAUGACAUGAGGCGUGCUUCCCAAGCAUCUUCAGUGAUCUUGCCAGUUGAGGCGUGACAGGAGUGUGCGGUGAUUAAAGUAGCGCCGACAUCAGGGCACGCGCCCACCCCGGCCUGGGGACCUUGUACCUUGCGUGGCUACAGGGAUGUCCGCCACGGCCCACACCGUGCAAUAUACCUGUAAUUGACAAGUAUGCCCCUUGACCCAUGGGGUACAUGUUUGAGCGUCGACGAGAAUCCCAGGUCA